AUGGCACCAAAACGUACCCGCGAUGGCGAUGCUGCUCCAUCGUCAAAGGGCGAGCCCGAGGUCAAGAAGCGCAAGGGUUUUAGCGUUGGACCCGCAAACCUCCCAGAUGGCACAUAUCGUCGCAAGACCCAAAAGAUCAAGAAUGACCUGAUUCACAAAGCCAAAGUGAAGAAGGCAUAUGCCAAGAUCAAAGCCGAAGAACUCGCCAUCGCGCCUAGGAAAUCCGUGUACGAUACCGCCGAGGCAGAUGAAACCCACACUGGCAAGGAUGAGGAAAAGACUGUCGAAGAGGCAAAGACUCCGGAACUCCACCCGGAUCGCAUAGCCAUGUUGAACGAGCCUGAGGCCCCAGCACCUGCACCUAGACCAGAACGACGUCCACGAGGUGAUGGCAAACAGAGGGAGCGCAGACCAAAGCCUUCUGCUUUCACAAAGGAGAUGGAGUUUGCAGAGAAGCGGAGGAAGGCGGAGGAAGCACGACAGAAGGAGCGUGAGGCGAAACAAAAUGAGCGUGAGAAACUGCUGCGCGCGAAGCGGCCGGACCAGUUUGGCAAGAGGCGAUUAGGCAGAGAGAGCAACGCCCUCCUUAGUCGCGUGCAGCGGAUGGUUGGUAAGAAUUAG